AUGGGGCUCAACAGGCAGGCAUGUACGCUAGAAUGUGAAGGAAAGCUGCCUUCUGCCAAAGCCUGGGAGACCUGCAAGGAGCUCCUGCAACUGGCCAAGCUGGAUCUUUCUGAGGAUGGCAACGUUGCUCCAGGAGACAAGAAAGAGCUGGAUGAGAACCAUUUGCUUGCGAAGAAGUACGGCGGCUUCAUGAAAAGAUACGGGGGGUUCAUGAAGAAAAUGGAUGAGCUCUAUCGGGUAGAACCGGAGGAGGAAGCUAACGGAGGAGAAAUCCUGGCGAAGAGGUAUGGAGGGUUUAUGAAGAAAGACUCAGAUGACGAUGCCCUUGUUAAUUCCUCUGAUCUGCUGAAGGAGCUUCUAGGAACAGGGGAUAACCCUGAAGCAGGGCAUUACCGAGAGAUAAAUGAAAAUGACGGGGACAUCAGCAAAAGAUAUGGAGGCUUCAUGAGAAGCGUAAAGCGCAGCCCCGAAUUGGAAGAUGAAGCCAAAGAGCUGCAAAAGAGAUAUGGCGGUUUCAUGAGAAGAGUGGGCAGGCCAGAAUGGUGGCUGGAUUACCAGAAACGAUACGGUGGGUUUCUUAAGCGCUUUGCCGACUCCAUUCUCCCUUCAGAAGAAGAUGGGGAAACUUAUUCCAAAGAGGUCCCAGAGAUGGAAAAGAGAUAUGGUGGAUUUAUGAGAUUUUAAUACCUUUCCCUUUAUCCCUUUUGUCCUAAAUGAGAAAGACUGCCUUAUUGGUCAUAACUUAUUGUAACGUGUUGCUUGUACUGUACAGUUUUUUACUGUCUUUGGUUAAUGAUGCAACCUGCGAUUUGUUGUUUCAAGUUCUGUGUUCUUUCAACUCAAAUAACUAAUUUCUGUUUUAGUCAAGUUUCAGUCUGUUGUAGUUUCCAUGCUAAAACUAUUUUGAUUACUGUAUUCAUUUUCUUUGAAGAGGAAGUACAUCUACAGUAGAGUUGCUUAACUGUAUAUACAAUAAAUUCUUCAUCCUAACUGCAUAAA